AUGAAUCUAUCUCUACAUGACCCACAGUUUAUUACAGCCGAUUUUCCCACGACCUUAACAAUGACGUUAUCGUACGGACAUUCGACGGCUCUUGAAAUUUCACCUUGUGGACAUUACAUAGCAUCGGGAUUACUUGACGGAACAUUAUUGAUUGUUGACACAUGGUCGAAUAACAUUACGUGUCUACUAAGAAAACACACAAUGCCGAUAAUUGGCGUAAAAUGGAUAUACAGUGAAGAUGCUGUAGGCAACGUUGUAGUGGGGAUAGUUACAUGGUCGAGAGACUGGAAAGUGUGUAUAUUAGGAUUACAUGAUAAGAAAUUCAUUGAUGUAUGGGAAAACACCUUCACAGGUGGAAUAUGGAAUGUCGAUAUUGUGCAUACUGGAAUAUUUGUGAAUGGCAAAUGGGAAGGAUGGGAGCUUGUGGUAUGUAGAGUCAACAACGGUGUUUGCUUUGUAAAGAAUGGAGAUAUUUUGGAAUGUGGUAGAAAUGGAACUGAAGAUGAUAGUCAUGGGUCGCCUAUAUGUUGUGUUAGCUUUUACGGCUGUAAAUAUGUGGUCUGUGGAACUGGUAGAGGGUGGGUUGAAAUUGUUGAUGCAGUAAGUAGGAAAGUUGUGAGAAGUGAAAAGCUUUGUAACGGAAAUGUCAAGGGCAUCCAAAUUGUGGAAGAGAUGACUUUUGACAGUGAUACGGCCGAUAAAUAUGCCCACAAUAAUGUGCCUGUGAGUCGGCUAAUAAUCAAUGCAAGUGAUCGUAUAUUACGACAAUACGAUAUAAGCGACUGGUACAAUAUGCCAAUAGAAGAUUGGAAAUUCGAAAUUGAACAAAAAUACCAAGAUGUGGUCAAUCGGAUACAAUGGAAUACUGUUAAAUUCUCACCAUCUGGGGAGUACGUUUGUGCAAGCACGCAAGGCGGAUCUGGUGCUGCGCAUGAUGUUUAUAUCUGGGAAACUAGCAUGGGAUCAUUAGUUCAAAUUCUAGAGGGCUCACAUGAAGAAUUGAUUGAUGUUGAUUGGGGGACAAGAUCUGUCAAUGGCAAUGUAUGUUGUAUUGCAGCGAAUGGUAUGGAUAGUGGAACCGUAUAUAUGUGGGGGGUUAGACCGUCACAGAAAUGGAGUGCCUUGGCACCAGAUUUUGAGGAGAUUGAACAAAACAUUGAAUAUGUUGAGCAUGAGGAUGAAUUUGAUAUCAAUGUCGUGGAGGAACAUGUUGAGAAUGUAGAAAAUGACGAUGACUUCAAUGUUGAUGUGGUAGGGCUAGACGAUCGUGAUGCACGAGGAUUCAAAUUUAUUAAAGGAUGUAUAAUAGAUACUGUACUUUGA